CAACGACCGCAGUACAAUACGCUUGUAUGCACCCGGCGCCAGCCAAGGAUACUUAUUUUGCGCCAAUUUCCCCACCGUCGCCACUCACACUCGCCACAUUCCUUACAGUCUUCCGGUUUCAAGCGUCAGCAGAGCUCUUGGUCUCUGCUCAAGUAGCCCUCAUUCUUUCUGCGCCGGCACGCCCCUUUUGCUAUUGAUAUUCUCCUAACUGUCACGCCUAUCCAAUCCUAUCUUCCACAAUGCCAUCUACUAGAGGAUACAUCUUCAUCGGCCUCAACGUGGCUCGCGCGCUGAGCAUCAUUGCUUUGCUGCUUCUUUUUGCAAGCAGUAUCGUCACUCUCGUCCAAGACAUCAAGGCCGUGAACGCGUUCAUUGCCGCGGGCAAGACAGACUACGUUGCUUCAGGGACCAACAACUCUACAACGACCAUUGAUUGUACCGAAAUGGAAUAUGUUCCUAAUAGCACCGUUCCGAACCAGCCCGCCGGUGCAUUCUGGGCUGUGCUCAACCGACUGCUCAUCAUCUUCCAAGUCAUUGUCCUUAUCCUCUCCGAAAUCGAGUGGCCCUCCGCGUUCUUCAGCCGCUACUUCCCUGUUCUUGGAAACGAUUUCGGGCUCGGUGCUCUGGGAGUCAUCCAAUGCCUACUCGGCGCAGCCGUACUCUCACACCACGUCGACGAGUUCUCGCUCGUCUCCGCGUUCUUCCUCUUCUCCAUCGGCUGCCUCAACAUCCUCCUCGGCCUCAUCUUCCGCGAGAAGGCGAAGGUCCGCCGCGCGAUCGCGUCAUGGCGCGAGACGGACGAGGUGCUCCCGCGUACCUCUCUCACUUCAGGCCCGCGUCCCUUCCUUACCGCUGUCCGCACGGGCGGCUCUGGAACCUCUGCGUGGGACGAGAAGGGCGCGGAGGCGACGCGCAGCGGGACGCUCCUCAGCCAGAAGAGUGGCAUGGGAUUCGGGCGGCAGGGCGAGAAGGCGGCCCUCGCACGUGGCCACACGCUGACCCGCCCGCAGGAGGCGCUUCCCUCGUACGCGCCGCGCCCAACCGCAGUGAGCCCCGCACCCACGUACAUCUCGCGUUCUGUGCGGUACGCCAAGACUGCGGACGACGAAGCGGAGCCCGCGAGUGGCCCGCGCCCAGUGUCGGUCGUCAGCUACGCGGACGAGGAUGAAGACGGAGCGCGCGCAGUCUGAGACUGCACGUGGCGACCGCGUCUCAACCCUAAGAAUCCCUAUUUAUCCCUCAUGAUACGCCAUGCAACGAACGCGAAAUACAAAGGCACGGUAUACUAGACCAGUAUAAUGGCCCUCCUGGAGAGCGCACUUGUUAAUCAAGCCGCCGGGCGGGCGCUCAGUCUUGGUCGUUGACGUUGAACGUCGAACAUUGGUGGACUGGGUAUCGCGAUGGAUCCUGUACAUAUACUGCGUCGACUCUGUAGCCCCUAGCUUUAUUUUGUAUGAUUAUUUUGACAUUAUUUUGGACAUUAGCCUC